AUAUUUAAUAACGCUCAAGCGCUUGUCACGGCCUAGUUGACUCAAAGCAACGCCCUCUGCCGAAACCGCAUUCGACCGCUCUUUUCGUCGCUCGCAUGGACCUGCCACCAGAGCUCGUUGAGAGGGCUGCCCAGGAGCUAAAUGAGACGUCGGAGACUCGCGCAGCAGGCUUGAAAGCACUGCUGGAUUACUAUGAGGCUCACCCGGAGCAGCGGCCGCACCGCACGGACGCGCCCUACCUGAUCAUGUUUCUGCGCCACGCCAAGUUUGACCCGGUCAAAGCCCGGGGCCGGCUGGCCGCCAUGGAGCGAUGGCUGGCGGAUUGCCGCGACGAGAUUGGCGAUGUGACGGCGCUGCGUGGCGAGCAGUUCCGGGCCAUGUACGAGGAGGGCUGGAUCGGGAUAUUGCCCAGUGACCGCAGGACCCGGGACGGUGCGGUCAUCACGCUGCUGCUGCCGGGCAUGAUGAAACCCAUGGCCGACCCCGCCCUGCUGCUGAGGUGGAACCUGUGGGUGCUCUGCCGCGCCGUACACGACCCAUACAUACAGGGCUGGGAUGGUGUUGACGCCACUCACCCCAUCCUGGCGGUGGUGAACGGUGAAAUGCUGUGCGCGAUGCCGCAAGCUAUGGAGCUGGAGGUGUGCGGCCAGGUGGUUGUGGAGUCGUUCCGGGACUUCAGUGUGCUGCAGUCUCUGCGGCUGCAGCAGUUGCCGCACGCCAUCAUGAAGAAGAACUUCAAGUUCGCGCAGGAGUGCAUGCCGUUCCGCAUGCGCGGCAUCUGGCUGGUGUGGCAGCCCAAGUGGAUCAGCUUCAUGUUUGCCAUUGCAAAGCCCUUCCUGAGCGCCAAGCUGCGCGCCCGUGUGCGCAUGUUCGGCAGCGACCUGCCGUCACUGCACCAGCUGGUGGACCCGGACGUGCUGCCGGCGGAGUUCGGCGGCAGCAGCACCGACACAGGCAUGCACUGGUUCGAGGCGCAGGUCAAGGCGGAGGCGGCGGAGCUGCGGGCCCUCGACGCAGCGGCGGCGGCGGCGAGCACUGAGUAGCUGGGGCGGGCGGGCGGGGCAGCGGUGCGGCCCAGAAGAGUUGGGUGUGAGGAAGUGGUCAUCAAGUUGGGUAUGGGGAUAUUGUUAUUGGGAGCAGCGAUGACGUAGUGUGUGAUUUGGAUUGCGGCCCUGUGGCCUGAGGGCAACGCCCAGCGCAUGCAUGGGGAGUGACACAUGGCUAAUGCGCCUUGCUGUGGACGCUGGGCAUUCAGGGGCAUAAGCAGUGGGCAUUGGACACUUGUUCUGUGGUUCCUAAUCGUAUGUGAGCGUGACUGGGCACAUUUAUUCUGGUUGCAUGCAUGCAUUGGGGGUGGGGUGUAUUGACGGCCACUCUGUUUGAGUUGAAUAUGACAUGGACAGAGUUGCUGAGACUUAGUUCCUAGACGCACAUGCUUAUUUAGCUGCUGGCAUUGGGAGACAUGAUGCCGGCAGGCAAACAAAUGAGCCAUCAACCCAGGAGAUGGGGCAGGAAUGCAGGAUGGGGCGCACACCACAACACACGCAUUAGACGGGAUUGCUUAUUUGCUUGUUAACACCCGUAGCUUUGGUUGAAUACCGUACUUGCAUUUUGGAUGGAGCAUUCUGCAGGGUACGGCAAAGGGACAGGGCUGACAGCUUGACAGGGCCACGCAUUAUUGCUGCACUCGGAAUUUACACGGUAACGACGACUGGAAGAGGCGGACGCAGUUUGUUCGAGGCCUUGAAGGCGUUGGCGUGCUUUUACACAGGGCGGGGGCUGGCGGCAGUGUGGCACAUAACUAUGUGGAUGUAAAAGCCCACCCUC